UAGAGAACGUUAGUCAAGAUCGGUUAAUUGCCCUCCUGACACAGAAGAGUUGUGAUUCAGACUUCAGAGGGUCGACGAGUUAUUAAUUGACAAAGAAUAUAUUCAAAGACAUGGCGGGUGUCGUUUUGGAGACAUUGAGUUGGAGAAAACUCAUAACAUUGGGAGUUUUUCUUUUGGUCCUUCAGAUCGUCUUCUUUCUGAUCGGUGCUGUAAUCGCACCUGCACCAACUCAUGUGAUAUCUAUGACUGGCACUAGAUGUUAUGAUAGAAAUGCUUAUAGAGAUAAAAACAAAUGGUUUCCUCCCCGUGGGAAAGACGCUUGUGAAAGUCUCUACAGCUUGGAUCCAAGUGACAAAAGGAUUCAAGAUGAGGGGAUUACAGCAGAACAAGUCGUCUUCUCGUUUUGGAUCCCAUGGCCAAGAGAUGGACAUCAACUGAAAAUGCAUCGCUAUUUCCAGUUCCUUCUUGCUGUCCUGCAGCUAGACAUUGAAUACGACCCUCAGGUCCCUCUAGUGGAUAAAGCCAAGUUACAGUUGGACAUUCGCCUUGGAGCUGGCAACACGAUGGACAAUGGAAACUGGACACUGUUGGCAUCUUCAAUUGAGGACAGAAAUAUUGAAUGUGACCUCACUAAAACGCUGGAUAAGGGUGACAUCUACGACUGUGACCUACUUCAGCUGUUCGAGCUUGGCAGUGUUUUCUACCACUACUAUCUUGUCAACAUCCGCCUGCCAACAUUCCCACUAAAGGGCGUUAACAUGGAUAUUGGCAAAAUCGGAGACAUGCACAUGCACGGUAUUCACCAGAAUGGAGGUUUUAGUUUUGUGUGGUUCAGUUUGAAGACAGCCAUGUUUCCCAUGGUUCUUGGUGUUCUGAUCUGGUUCUGGAGAAGAAUCACACAGAUGUGUCGACCUGCAAAUCUUCUUGAGAGAACCUUGUUUGCCCUUGGUAUUGUGAUGACCAUCCUUAAUUGUCCCAUUGAGUGGUUUACACUGGCGUUUGAUAUCCCCUUCAUGCUCCUACUCAAUGACAUACGACAGGGAGUAUUCUACGCAAUGCUCCUCUCCUUCUGGAUCAUUUUCACGGGAGAACACAUCAUGGACCAGACAGAGAGGAACCGUCUGUCUCUCUACUGGAAACACUUGACAGCUGUGGUGUUUGGCUGCAUCUGCAUGUUCGUCUUCGAAAUGUGUGAAAGAGGAAUCCAGUUAAAGAACCCCUUCUUCAGUGUUUGGACCACACCUACUGGCACCAAUCUGGCUCUCGCAUUUAUCAUUCUGGCUGGAGUUGCAGCGAGUUGCUAUUUCCUUUUCCUGUGUUAUAUGGUCGUCUGUGUGUUUAAAACCAUCAGCGCUAAACGGAUGACUCUGCCCAGCAUGAGCAGCCUGAGGAGGCGUUUCUACAUGGGCUUGAUCUACAGAUUUAAGUUCCUGAUGUUAGUCACGCUGUUUUGUUCUGCCAUGACAGUCAUUUUCUUCAUCAUCAGUCAGUUGAGCGAGGGACAAUGGAAGUGGGGGGAUGAGGAUCUCAACAUCCAGUACACCAGCGGUUUCUUCACUGGUGUGUAUGGCAUGUGGAACAUCUACAUCUUUGGGUUGCUGUCCAUGUAUGCUCCCUCUCACAAAACAGUUGUGGAAGUUGAUGCUGAUGAGAACAGUCAGGAGGAAUCUGUACAGCUAACACAGCUACCGUCGUCAAGUCUCCCAUCAGAGACGUCCGCUCUGCAGGCUUUUGUCAGCAAGACUGCCCAGGAUUAACUCAAUUCUGUGGGAUCCGUGGUAACUGCUGUACCCCCAAAAUCUUACGCAAAUGUUCACCCUUGAACUUUCAUAAUGAGCUAUUCCAACUUUUGAAUUGGAAGAGUUCAAAUGUGUUUUCAGGGGUGUUUAAGUUAAAGUUGUCUCAGAAAGCUAAUGUGACUAGCAUUUCUUCUUCAAGUGUAAUUGAUGAUUUGAAAUCAUACAAACUUUUUGAAGAUUCUAUAUUUGGCUGACACGUUGUAUUGUUAUUGUCUCUGGAUCAAGUCCAUCAAUGUUUAUUAUUAUUAUUAUGUGAAAUGCAAUAAUAUUCAUAUUGAUCAUUUGAUUGUAUUCAUAUUUCUUUUGUUUGACAAUUCAUUAACUUUUGAAAAUUAUGAUCAUUUUAUGUUCAUUUUAAAUUGAUGCAUAUUUCUUCUCCUGCUUGGAAUUUUCAAAACAGAAAAUAUUAAAAAUCAAUCAAUACCAGUGCUUUAAGGAAUUAGGAACCACCACUGUACCCAAAUCAGGACAGUGCCCAAAACGGGACACUUGUGGGAAAACGGCCCAAGAAACUGUCAUUCAUUGCAAAGAAGUUUUUUUUUAUGUAUACAGU